GUGUGAGAAGAUUGUGUGGAACAGGAAAAAGCAGCCAUAAUCGGUGUCCACCAUCAGACUGGUUUUCAGUUCUUGAGAGGAGUUUGAGAAGAAAGUGCGAACAUAUGCGGAGCGCGUCGUUUGUCGACGGUCGUGGGCUUAAUUCUGUGUAAAAGAAAGAAAAAAAAAACAAUUGAGAUGUGAUUCUGUGUUCCAUAAUUGGGUACAUUUUAGAAGCUGUUUUAAAUUUAGAUGAAAUGUAAAUGCGAGACAAAAUCGUGCGGUCGUGUAAUUGAUGUGAGUGAAACAAGCUGAUGCUAAAUCAUCUUUGCGGAUACGAGCAUCGAAAACACACGGAUCGAUUGAGCUGAGGUGUUACGAAAGUGUGUCGUGAAAAUCACAGCACUGUCCAAAUGUCAAAUACUUAGAAACGUCUCGUGAAUAUUUCUGCUGCAAAGAAUGGCACAGAGUUGAAGUAGAUAGAAGGUAGAAGAAGAAAAAAAACGAGCAACGAAACAAUACUACCAACUCCAACGCCCCGUGGCAGUGAUCGUGACGCUCCGUGAUGGCCAUAUAAUGGUUUACCCCCGGAAUCUCCGUCUCUUUUCCUCUGUCCCUUUUUCGCAACCUUUCGUUUCACUUUCUUGGGGGUUGGUAUCUACUAAAUAGUGGCCCUAUUCCAGGUGAUCUAAGCACCUCUGAGUUGGCAGAAUAACGACGUAGUGCAAGAAGUGGGGGGGAAAUUGGGACCUCGUGUCGUACCAAUCGCAACUGCGACAUUUUUUUUUCGUUUCUGCAACCAGAAGUUCGAUGCAAGAAGUGUAUGACUUGGUAUUGGUUUCAGUCAGUGGUGGGUGACUCAAAGUUUACUAAAUCGGUUUCACCAGUUAUUGUUACUUCGCGAUUUCGAAAAAUAAGCAGCAGCAAUAAAAAAUUAAUUCCUCGACACGUUGGAGAUCCAUUGAUGGAGAGCUGUUGGGUGGCUUUUGAGAUGCUGGAAAAGCACUGUGCUGAGAAAUAGAGCACAGUGAGUUGGGGUUUUUAAUUUGCCGAGUGGGUGAAGGGGAGCGAGCCGGAGUGAAGAAAGAACGCCGAAAAGUUUCGAUAUUGUGCAGCAGCUUGGAUAGCAAAAUUUUGAUGGAUGUUAAAUUGAAGAGAAAAAUAAGUGAUAAAUUAAUUUCUGGUGGCUUGUGCGAGUGAAUGUUGAAGGAGCUAUGGCCAGAAUCGGUGAAUUCAAUAUUGAAUAGCUGAUAGGUGAAGUGAAUAUGGGUAUCUUUCAGCUUGACUGAGAAAAAUAAAACUGGUGAUAAAAUUCGUCGCUUUCCAACCAUAAAGUUUCAAGAUAACAAGAGUUGCCGAACACAUGAGGAUUAAAACAUGAUCCUGAAGCAAAGUCAUUGCAACUAAACCAAUCACUCGAAUUUGUAGAACCAACAAUUCUCCGAUUCUCGUUAAAAAUCAAAAUAAUGUUGGAGCUGAUGAAGCGGCACCUAGAAAACAAUUGCAACAAGAAAAUCCAUUUCGGAGAGGAUCGUCGUCAUCUAUCAGGAGGAGUAUCUUACGACAGGAGGAGCUGAAACGGAACUGCAAGUGACGACGUCAGAGUAGUCUACCACUAACAUGACAAUGACUACGUCCAGUUCGAUGGCCAACGACGGGGCCAACAGUAACGCUCAUCGGAAGGGUCACAGGCGAAACGAAUCCAUGUACGCCAUGACCGGACUCUACUCGGAGGCGCAAACCGAUGACAGCAGUGCCGACAUUCCGGGAUCGGAGGUGGAAUCGGAAUCGCUGCCGGUAUCGGUCAACACGGUUCCGGCGGACACGGUCAUCAAAUGCCACAGCCGGCAGCCCUCGAACAGCCUGAUGAUGAUGGAAAAACCUGCCCUCUCGAAUGUGCUGCUGGUCAACGAAGACUACAGCCGAGAUUGCGGCAUUCUUACGUGUCGACCGUCGGCCAUCCAGAAGUUUGCCCGGAUCAAGGUGUUCGUGUUGUUGCUUUCGAUUCUGGUGACGCUGCAACAGGCGCUUAGUUCCGGAUAUAUAAAUUCGGUCAUUACGACCAUUGAGAAGCGGUUCGAAAUUCCGUCGAGCCUUUCCGGACUGGUAGCUUCUAGUUAUGAAAUAGGAAAUGUUAUAACUGUUAUAUUCGUCAGCUAUCUGGGCAGUCGAAGGCACAUUCCCGUUUGGAUUGGGAUCGGUGCCGUGAUAAUGGGCAUCGGAUCGUUGGUAUUUAUGGUUCCUCAUUUUACCGGUGAGCCCAAUCCGGGCAUUAUGAUUGACAAUAAAACGACCGACAAUAUUUGCCGGUUGGUCUCGGUUCGGGAGCAGGAUAUGGGCCUGGGGCGGUUGUCCAACAGCCUGUCGAAUCCUCCCCUGACGACGCACAAUUUGAGGGGCGACAACUGUCUGAAGGGACGAGCCUCUACCUUCGGGCCCGUGAUACUGUUCGUGAUAGCACAAAUUCUGCUCGGCGGGGGUGGAAGUCCGCUGUUCACGCUGGGCACCACCUACGUGGACGAUCACGUGCGAAAAGAAAGCUCAUCCAUGUAUAUAGGUGCAAUGUACAGUAUGGCCGCCUUUGGGCCAGUUUUGGGCUUCCUGCUGGGGGCCUAUUUGCUCUCGUUCCACAUGGACUCGUUCUCGGGGAGCGACAUCAACAUCGAUCCCGAUGACCGCCGGUGGGUCGGCAUGUGGUGGGGUGGAUUCCUGGUGUGUGGCAUCCUCCUCAUCGUGGUCGCAAUUCCUUUUUUCUCUUUCCCAAAGGUUCUUACCCGGGAGAAGAAGAAAAUCAGAAUCGCCGAACAAAAGUUGCCGCAGCUGCAGCAACUGUCGUCCAAUAACUCUAGCAGUCUGCCACGUGGUACGGCUCCACCACAUCCUCCAGUCUCCCAGCAGCAACAAUUGCAGCAUCAGCAGCAAAAUCAAUCUCCACCCCCAUCAAUGACAACGACGACGAUGGUGGGCGGUGAGCAGCAGAAAGUGCCACCCGGCGGAACCGGAGGUCAAUCGACGGCGACAAACAACAAACCCGGCGACGAUACCGGAUAUGGGCGGGAUAUUAAAGAUAUUCCCCUAUCCAUGUGGCGCCUGGUAUCCAAUCCGGUGUACAUCGUGACCUGCCUGGGCGCCUGUAUGGAGCUGAUGAUUGUUUCCGGAUUUGUGGUGUUCCUUCCUAAGUAUCUGGAAACGCAGUUCAGCUUGGGCAAAAGUCAGGCCAGCGUGUUUACCGGUUCGAUUGCUAUCCCUGGAGCUUGUAUCGGCAUUUUUACCGGUGGCUGUAUCCUGAAACGGUUCCAGCUAAAGCCGAAGGGUGCCGUUCAGUUUGUGCUGGUAUCCAAUCUGAUCUGUUUGUCCUGCUACGGGUUGUUGUUCUUCUUGGGAUGUGAGAACCUGAAAAUGGCUGGCACAACCAUACCGUACUACAACAGCUCGCCGGCCCACGCUCAGGAACCGUUCCAGGUCAAUUUGACGGCUGCUUGCAAUUUUGGCUGCGAGUGCCACAUGUACGAUGUGGAGCCAGUUUGCGGUAAUAACGGGCUGACCUAUUUCAGCCCCUGUCACGCCGGUUGUACGGCGUUCUCUUCCAGUUCCAAUUAUACCAACUGUGCUUGCGUCCAAACCAACGUUACCAGCGUCUACACUGGGGCCGAGGGUGCCCAAGCACAGGCCCUCAAUGCGCAUGAAAACUUUGCCGAAGUAACCGUAGUUCCUGUGGCCACUGCCGGCGUCUGCAAUAAACCCUGCAGGACGAUCUACCCGUUUUUGAUUCUGCUGUUCUUUAUGACGUUCGUCGUUGCCUCCACGCAGAUGCCCCUGUUGAUGAUAGUUUUAAGAUCGGUUUCGGAGGAGGAGCGUUCCUUCGCGCUGGGCAUGCAGUUUGUGAUAUUCCGGCUGUUCGGGUACAUUCCAGCACCGAUUGUGUUCGGCAACCUGAUAGAUUCGUCCUGUUUGCUGUGGAAAUCGACCUGCGGUGAAAAAGGGGGUCGCUGUCUGGUGUACGACAUUGAAAAGUUCCGCUACAAAUAUGUCGGUCUCUGUGCCAGCAUAAAGAUUAUUGCCCUGGUGAUAUUCAUUAUCGAUUGGUGGCUGGUCAGGCGAAGGAAGAAUCUGGACAAGCUGAACCCGAUGUCGGCGAACGAUUUAGUAGGAUCGAUUAUUAGUUUGGAUAAACUCUUCGAGGAGAAAGCCAACCUGGACGGCCAAUCGAUCCCCUUCAAUGGCGAGUGUGUAUCGGGUGACUCUAUCGGGGAUAACAACAGCAAACGGAUUCUGAUUGCCAGUCGCCACUUGCGGAACGAUUCCAAAUCGAUCCAAUUAGAGUACAGGUACGACGAUGCCCCUUCGCACUACCAUCAACGCCCUGCUAGGAAACAUUUCCGCAGCAAUUCGUGCGACAUCAAGAUCCAGCGGUCCAAUUCCGGAACUCAUCGGGAAACGGACAUCCACGAUUGGAAACUGAAACGGUUCAUGCGACACCACACCAGGAACAACUCCCGGGAUCUGGACCAGGAGCAGCACUGCUGUCGACAGCAACAGCAACAGGCACAAUCACAAAAUGCAACCUCGCAGCUAGGCCGAUGGAUUGCACUGCACAACAACAACAGCGAGCAGUCUUCGUCGUCUAAUAUUAAGUAUAUCUUGAACCACUUGAAGAGCAAUAACGAGGGUCAUGGGAAGAUCAAUAACUAUGGCGGGGGUUGUAGUGGAGCAGGGAGCACUUGUGGAGGACCCGCGAAGAAGAAAAGGCAUACGAGAAACUACUCGUACGGGCAGGAGUUCUCUUUUUUACCGAAUAACGUCAUCAUAAGGCUGGACAACGACAUAGCCAACAAGUUCCUAGCGAAUAAUGGAGGAGGAAUCGGGGGUAGCAGUUCAAGGAAGAGUUCGUUUUCUCACGAUGUGGGAUUGCUGAAAAACGUCGGCAAGUUGAACAAUUGUUCGAACCAAGCAGGCGGAGGCAAACACACGAACGAUUUGAACGAAGAACUAGAAUCGAAAUAUGCCAAAGGGUCUUCCCAUGGGUACGGACAUUCGAGAAACAAUUCCAAAGAUCUGAAUCUGCUGAAUCUUCAGGUGCCGGAAGAGUCGAGCAGUGGCAGUGGGAUUCUGGGAGGGAUAAAAGCGUUGAUUGAGGACUCCAAUAGCAUUCUGCGGCAUCGGAGGACCAACUCCAAGGAUCUGAAAUACAGCGGCUAUCAGCCCUGCGAACCCAUAAGCAGCGCCAGUAGCUGCAGUGUAAGUAGUAGCAAUAUUAGAAAGCUCUCGGGAGGCGCACUGGACGAUCACCACCGCGGGGUGCACCAUCAUUCGGGAUCGCUAGGCAUUCCGUCGCUUUCUUCGUCGUCUACCAGUGGUGCCAAUCAGAUGGAAUCGUUGCAGCUUCUCCUGGACAAACCGACAAACCUGCUGGAGGAAUCCGAUGGCCCCAGUGGUGAUGCCGAUGCAGGUUCUUCGACCACCACUAACGUUUAGCCUUUUGCCGCCGCUGAAUACGACCAGCAUCAGCCCGAGCUUCGUAUUCCGGUGCUUGCUUCGAAGAUGCUGCCAAACAGUUGCCAUAAAACCAAAAAAAAAACGAGAAAUCUCACAAAAUUCGACUGCGCAUCUAUUCCCGGGACUACCGGACUCACAUUUGGAGCUUGUUUUUUCCACCACUCCUACUCAAUGCAUUCCUUCAGGAUUUCAACUCACGUCACUUGUAAAAGAAGGUGUAACCUUUUGAAAGAACAAAAAAAAACUCGAUUUUUACACAACUCUCACGAACACUAAAUGGUUUCCCCGAACGCGAGCGUUUGAAGCUUUUGUCCCCUGGUUGGUUUUUUCUCAAAUUCCAAUAAGUUUAGAGUAGUUGCAAAUAGUGUUACAAACCUCAACAAAUCGAGACUGCAUUUUGAUAGGUUCCGUAGAUUGUUACUAAAAGAAAAACGUUCAAGCUUGUAUAGAUGGGAGAGGAACUGUUUAAAUUGAAACAAUACCUUUUGACCUUAAACCUUUCAUUUCCAGAGCAGCACUGAUAGCUUCUUCAUAUGACCAGGCUUGUAAGUGGUCACCAUCGUUUGAAUUUUUCCGGAGACAACCACCACACAUCGUUCGUGACAAUCGUGGAGAGCGCAAUCGUUUGAUCGGAGAGCAAAAAAAUGUCAAAUGAAAUUUUGAUCUUUGUUGUGGUUAGUCGUUUGACUUUCAUCCCUCUUGCGUAGAUAAUCGAGAUAAUCAUUCCACAUUGUUCGACCAACACAUCCAAACAUCACCCGGCGCUGCAGAUUGGCGAAUUUUUUUUUUCAACAAGAGGGAGUGAGUAGAAAAGAUUGCAUUUGCUUAUUGAGUCUGUAAGUUCUGCUGCGUGAAAGAGAUAGGCGAUGUCGUAAACUGUCGGGAAUUAUGGUCGUUUGACCAUCAAAUUAUCCCUCUCGUGUACCAAGACACGAAAUUUCGUUCGACAAUCACACAAAGAAGAAUGAAUGUCGUUUCGUUUGAUGGUAGUCGACUGUUCGGCAAGUUUUCGGUCUCAUUCGUUUGAUGGCACGAGCAAUGAAACUGAUAAAAGUAGGCUGUGCGACUGUCAGAGAAAAUGUCGAUGGUUUACAAGUCUGCAUAUGACCGAUCGUAGCGGUAAACCCGAAGCAAUCAACCGUGUGCGCGCUCGGCUAAAACUCCGAGUCGUUGGGUGAGUGGUGUGGUGAUAGAGAAACAACAGAGAGAUCAAUAGUGGGCAAAGAACAAAUGCUAGAAAUACAUGGACUGUAUCGAUGGAAGAUCCAGCAGUCGAACGCAUACUAUAGUCAAUUUUGCCACGUUCACCAUGGUGUAAUUGACUAACGCGCCGUUGUACUGAAGCGGAAAUUGCGGGUUCAAGUCCCGUCGGCAAGCGGUUGAAUCCCUGAAUUUACGGCUAACGUUCUUUCUUUCUUUGAUAUCUCAUGCUUCUCUAAUACUUUCCAUCACCUUUGAACAUGUGAUAAUUUCAGGUACGAAGAUUUACCAAGACGAACUCAGAACAUAAAGUUUGAUUCUGAUUUCUGUUCACUGAUUUCUCGAUUUUCGAUUUCUGGUUUCUAAUUUCUGACUUUUGAUUUUUUUCAUUCGAAAUUUUUGAUCUGGUUUGAAAAUGUUCAAUUUUUGUUUCAUUUUCAAAAAGUUUUUAAAGUUUCAAAACAUUUUCAAUACACAGUUCUCUCCCUUAAAGUUUUCGUAAAAAACAACAAUUCUCAACGUUUAAUAAUGAAUAGUUUAAAUUAGUUCACACCCCUGUUACUUUUGGACAAAACAAUAAAAUGUUCAACCAGUCAGUAGCAUCCCCAUGCAUCAUAAAACGUAAAGCUUAAAACAAUGCAAAUGAAGUUGACGAAUAAUCCAUUAAAAAAACCUUCCAGCAUUUUGAGACGAGUAAAGAUUUAUUACAAAAAAAAACGCGUUCGAAUUACUUUAGAUUACAAUAUGUAAGCGUCGUCGUUGCAAGGUGUGAGCGAAACAAAAAAAAAUAGAGGAUUCCGUUUGUGGAAAAAAUUAACAGCAAAAUCAAGCGGCGACAUUUGCCUAAUUUAUUCGGUACAUUGAAACUAACUAGCAACCCUGACUUGUGGCUGGCAAAUUGCCAGUUUGUUAAAUAAGCAAAACCUAAAAGAAAAUGGACAUAGUGAUAAGCUCGGUUAAGAAUAAACAUAUUUUUAUACAUGCCUAUUACAGAGAAGCAAAUGAAAUAAGUAAAGGAAGAACAAACACAAAAAAUAAAAACAAAAUGUUAAUUGACUAGUUGUUAUGCCUUGAAGUAAAAAAGUAAAAUGAAUUAAAUAUGUUCUCCUGUUCCCAUGUUUUUUUCACAUGCAGGAUCUGAAACUGGUGAUGUGAAGAGUGUUGAUAAAGAAAAAUGAAUUUAAAGAAAUGCAUUUCCAAUAAUGGUAUUCGGUUUUUCGGUCCCGACAAGCGUAUUGGCAACCCUGGUUGGAUGUGAAAAGUUUAAUGUUUCUUCGUCAAAUGACAGACAGAUUGGUGUGAUGUGUCACACUUGACGUUUUUGGCAACACUGUCCACCCGAAGAGUUCCGAAGAGAAACGCAAAGUAAAACGAAUCCGCUCAUCGAGUAGGGAAAGCUCACGAAAAAAAAAACAUAAACAAGAGUGUAAACUAGGUGCUGUGACAUUAGAUAGUAGAAUUGAUAGUAGACAAAAAAAUAGCAGGCGAGGGAGUGAAUUGUCAGGUUUGUGAAAGGAAUGUGUUCAAUGCAUUGUUGGAUUUUAGCAUUUCGAAAUAAAAAAAAAUAGCAAAAUAAUUUAGCAAGUGUUGCCAGUAAGUAGGAUUCUUUCUAUAUAGUAGUUUUAUGAUUCCUAACAGUCGAGUGUUCUUUCGUAUAGGUCAGAGAGCGAGAAAGUUUAGAGAAAACUCUCCAACUUGCCAGAGAAUGUUCGGAAUCGGAGAAAGUAACCAGUUUUGUGUCAUUUUGUUAUUACAUACAUCAAUCGUCAAUAUCUUUACUAUGAAAUAUAGAUUUAUCAACCAUGUACAUCGUUCCCUGUAGCUGUGGCUUGUUUAGGAAAUAUAUCUCGUAAGUAGAUAUCUGAACCCCGUUUCACAUCGGCUUAUUUUCCUUGAACUGCUACUGCAACAAUUUAACGAUGUAAGAAUUCAAUCAUAGUAUGCCAACUUAGUUCGUUACUAGGGUAAUCGUAGAAUGCGCUACAAUUUUUAAGAAGAAAACUAACGACUAAAUUAUACCCCAGCCUUUAGAGAUUAUUUACCCAUUUGGCAACACUGUACUUUAAAGUUUAAAACAUACAAAAACUUAAACCACAAAAAUUAUUAAUACAAAAAAAAAUCUGAGGAGAGAUUAUUGAAGAAGAUAAAAAAAAAGGAAAAAGAACGCAAACAUAUCGUGCAAUAUUAUAGAAGGCAACUGGAAAAAAAAAUCAAGAUAAUCGAUGUCUGUACUUCAAAAUCCAUUUAUUUAUUUUGAACUCGACAUGGUACAAUUCAUUCUAACAAAUAAAAAGCAAUGAUCAAAGAUUACAAAAAAAAAUGGCAACCGAACAAAACAAAAACCAAGCAAAAUAUUUUCUCUAAAUCUUUACCGAAAAAAAAUAAACAAAUAAUAAGAUUUUCCUCUUUCAAAAACCCUGAACUGCGAGCAAAUUAUUUAAACAAGUGAAGCAGAAACGAGCGCUAUUUUAUUGCACAACAUCAAUAAGAAGAAAGAAUAAAAAAAAACUUUAAUCUUAUUCAAAAUUUUAGGGAGUAAAAUGGAGACAAAAUUAAAACAGGAAAAUAUUUGUCAAUUACCACUAACUAAGACUUUUCCGUGCUAAUAAUCAACCAUUAGAUUGAUAAUGGGACUGGACUGGCGAAGAAAUCUGAGCAAAUUAGAAAGCGGUUGAGAGUUUUACGCGAUAUCUUCGUUUGUAUUUUCGUUUUCGUCACCUUAAAAACUAAUCUAAAAUCACUAGUGAAAAAUUUCACUGUAGAGAGAAUGUGCGGCAGAUGAAAUAGGAAGAAAAAACCUGCAGAUGAACAUGUAGACAAUUGUUCGUGAUUUUGUUUUGGUGUGAACAAAUCGAAACGAAAUGAUGAUUGCUGCAAUUAUUAGGUGCAAAUAAAGUAAUUCAAUUUAUAUGAAA